GGGAAACCGCUUCAGUAUUUUCUUUUGCUACCUUAUAAUCACAUAUAAGUUAUAAUUUUCAUUGUAAGAAAAUAUGUAUUUGUUUUUAUAAAUCAGACAAUUAUGAAGUGGAAUCAUGCCGAAGGCGUUAAGUUUAAAAAAGGUACAACUAGCUAAUCACUCUAAAAAUCAAAAACCUAUUACACAGUUUUUUAAAAAUAAUUCGCAGUUAGAUAAAAAGUUUGAUGAUUCAUCACAAAAUUCAAAAUAUGGUACAUUGGAAGUAUUACCGGCUAAAAGAAAGGCCUCAUCACCUUUACCUUUCUCUACAGCAGAGUCUACAUUAAAGAUAGAGGAUCCUUUUGUUAGUAAUAAUACAAAAACAAGUAACCAAAAAACACAGUCUCCUUUGAAGUCUACUUGUCUGAAUAAAAAGAUUAAAUUAGAAACUUCUCCAGAAAAGCUUAAGGAUUGCAUUUUUGAAAAGUCACCUAAAAAAGAAAAUAAAAUCAAACUAACUCCAGAUGCAAAUAAGAAUGCCGAUUGUAUAUUAUCAUGUAAUAAUAAAAGUGGAGAGACUAAUAGAUCUCCACUCACUCCAGUCAAACUUGAAAAUGUUAUCACUUGUAACGGUAAUAAAUCAAGUGCAGAGGAUGUGAAAGAUUCUAAGAAUGGUGAGGAUAAAACGGGUAUUCAAAGUUACUCAAUCGUUUCUAAAAUUGAUGAUGAAUUUCAUCAGUCAACAACACCAACCAAAAGUCCUAAUAUAGGUAGCACAGUACAACAUUCACCUGGACUUGGAAAACUACAUGUUACUCAUGUAGUUCCAAAGAAUGAAUUGUCACCCUCAAAAUGUGGUUCUACAGUGCGAAUAUUGGAUUUCAAUGACCAUGAUAUUCAGGAUGUGUUUGGUGACGAUUGGCUCAUUAAUGAUAAUAAUGAGAACUGCAGUGAUGAAUUGGAUUUGAGUACCAUAAAGCGUUGUGAAAUAUUGAGUGUGAAGCAUCACUCUAAACCAUUGGAGUUAAGACUGAAGGAUGCUGCUAAUAAAACAGUUACUUGUUUUGUUGAAGGAAUUUGGCUAGACACUCCAUUGUGUACUGGGGAUGUUGUCAGUAUUAUAGCUACACGAAACUCAUUAAAUCAGUUUCAUGUCAGUAACACAUCCGGGUUGCUGGUGUUACGGCCUGAUUACUUGUUAUCGAGCACUAGUGUUGUCGCUGGUGUAUUCUGUAAACGAAAAGCAAUUCUUCAAGAGCGCUGGAGGGGUAUUGAUUCUUCAAAUACUGCUAUGACUGUUGGCAUUUUAAUACAUGAACUGGUUCAAAAAGCACUCACACAACAAAUAAUGGAUAUAGCUGUAUUGCAGUCAGAAGCUAACAAGAUCAUAGAGGAAUCAAUACAGAGGUUGUAUGACGCGGGAUUGAGUGAGGAUGAAGCUCGUUCAAAUAUACAAAUAUACAUAUCUCCUUUAGCCCAAUUCAUGCAGACAUAUGUUGCGAGUGGGAAGCCAACUGUUCCUGCUGUACAGCAAAUACAAAAAGACAAAUGGAUGGGCCACAUCAAUAAGGUGCUAGAUAUAGAAGAGAACUUGUGCUGUCCACAGUUAGGUAUGAAGGGGAAAAUCGAUGCGACAUUGCAAGUUACGAUACACGAUCGGAAAGGUGCUCAACCGGAAAUAGUACCACUUGAACUAAAGAGUGGGAAAGUCUCUAUGUCAGCGGAACAUCGCGGGCAGUUGGUGCUGUACGGAAUGAUGUUGAGCCUCCAGCGACGUGAGGAUCCCACACAAGCACUGCAGAGAGGCCUGUUGUUAUAUCUCAAGGAUCGGGUAGACCUUCGUGAAGUGAGUUGUGGAUAUCCGGAACGACGGGAUCUGAUAAUGUUGCGAAAUCAACUGGUGGAAAACCUUACUACUUCACCCAACGACGUAGAUCCUGAACAAUUGACAGACAUAGAAGACGCAUCGCUCCUUCUGCAGCAAAGAUUGCCGGAACCUGUGCAUCAUGAGGGCGCCUGCACCAAAUGUCCAUAUCUCACUAUCUGUUCAUUACACUUAUGGCACACCGACGGUCCAGUAGUGUCAGAUAAGCACCCGCUAUCCAAACUACAAAGGCUAGCUUUAGGGCAUUUAUCACCUGACCAUAUAAAGUACUUUCUACACUGGUCGGCUCUGCUCAAAAUGGAGGAAAAAGUACAAACGAAUAUGUCACCUUUGUACACGCUCUGGACGGACACUCCAGAUAAGCGAGCGAAACGUGGUACAUGCGCACCAAAUUUACAACUACAAUCUGUACAAACAUCUGAAGAUAGAUAUUUACAUAUAUUUAAAAGAAAAGCAGCAACAGCUAACAAUAAAGAAGAAACAUCUAUUAAAGGACCACAAGUAGGCGAAUUUUCAAUAGUGAGCAUUGAAAAUCGGCCAUGGAUCGCCGCCGGCGUUGUUAUGGUCUCUAAUGAAACAGAAAUUAAAAUCCUUUUAGAAAGAAACCUAAGUCUUCGUUUAAAUAAAACAACACUGUUUCACAUCGAUAUUUACGAAUCAUAUGCAACUGUGGUAAACAAUCUCAGUAACUUAGGUGUAUUAAUGGAUAACGAUGAUCGCGCGCUAAGAUUAAGAAAGUUAAUAAUAGAUAAAGAGGAGCCACUGUUUGAAAAGAAAUUGCCGAGAGAGGUAGGCCGACUGGGUACUAAAUUGAUGCGGUCAUUAAACAUACAACAACAACGGGCAGUACUUAAAGUACUAGCUGCCACUGACUAUGCACUGCUCCAGGGUUUGCCUGGCACUGGUAAGACGCAAACAAUAAGCGUUCUAAUACAAAUGUUGGUGGCAUUAAAGCAACGUGUUCUGGUCACUGCACACACACACUCUGCCGUUGACACUGUUCUAUGCAGGUUGCCGGAGCACAUGAAAGUUAUGCGGCUGGGCUCCGAGGCGCGCGUGGCGCCGCAACUAGUAUCUCGCUGCGAGCGUCGUCUUGCCGCACACUGCCGCACUCCGAUGCAGCUGGACGCAUUAUAUAAUUCUAUGGAGGUAGUUGGCGUAACCUGUCUAGGGGCAGCCCACGCAAUGCUCGCGCGGAAUAUGUUUGACGUGUGCAUCGUAGACGAAGCUACGCAGGUGGUACAAUCCACGGUAUUGCGGCCUCUAUUCGCGGCAAAGCGUUUCGUGUUGGUUGGCGACCCAGAACAACUGCCGCCAGUUGUCAAGAGUCGUGCCGCUAGACGUCUCGGUAUGGAAGAAAGUUUGUUUCAUAGACUAAUGAAAGAAGACGUAACAUCAACUCUUCAGCUUCAGUACCGUAUGAACCAAGCCAUAGUGAAUAUUGCCAACAAGGUCGCGUAUACAGAUCGUCUCAAGUGUGCUAAUGUACAGGUGGCCACAGCGAAUUUGACUAUUGACGCACAGAAAAUGUCGCAAAUACCCGAGUGGUUAGUUGAAGCGUGUAGCACAAGAGCAGACCGCGCCGUUGUGUUUUUGGACGUGACUGCCCCCGCCGACACCGCGCCCUGCGUCAACAGGAGCGAGGCUUGUGUGGUACUCGCGCUCGUCAACGCUAUGAAAGAGGGAGGCGUACAAUCAACUGACAUAGGUGUCAUAGCACCAUACCGUGAACAAGUGAACCUGCUGCGACGUUCACUCGCUCGUUAUACAGUCGAAGCGAGUACAGUAGACCAGUUCCAAGGAAGGGACAAGUCUGUCAUCAUAUACUCAUGCACAAGAAAUGACGUGCGUGAGGACAACAGUAAAGUCAAGGAAAGUGAAAUACUAAACGACCGAAGGCGAUUAGCGGUGAGCGUGACUCGCGCGAAAUACAAGUUAUUAGUAGUAGGUAAUUCUCGAGUACUGCGUCGUUACGCGCCACUUCGUGAACUAAUUGCAGCGUGUGCAAAUUUACCACUCUCAAAUGAAACGGUAGCCGCUGUCCUACAUAAAUAUAGGGCGCUAAUCACUUGA